AUUAAUCCCUCAUUGUGGGUUGUGAAUUUGGUGAAGAAGCUUAAAGAUGUCUAAUUUGUACAAACAAUACACUGAGAAGCUUCUACAAUCUGCUGAAGUUUAUCGUUGUUUUUGCUCAAAUGAGGAACUUGAACAAAUGAAAAAAAAUUGCAAAGGAAAAACAACUACCUCCUGUAUACAGUGGAGAGUGGGCCCAUGCUACAGAUGAAGAAGUUCAACAGGAGUUAUAAAAAAGAACUCCAUAUCCUUACAGAUUCUGUGUCCCUAAAGAAGGGAAUUUAAAAAUUAACGACUUGAUUAGAGGAGAGGUGGAUGAGCAAGAAAAUUAAAAAAUGUGAGAUAGACAUUUGAAUUAUGCACCAUGAAUCUGAAAAGGAGAAGAAGAAGAUCCAAAUAUCUCAAUUAAAAGGAGAACUCCAACAGUCCCAUGAAGCUGAAAAGAGAUUACCAAUUUGAACAACAAAAUAGACGUACUUCAGGUUAAAUUUGACGAAAUCGCAAAAUCUUCGUUUAACAAAGAGUUACUAUUUUUGAACAAGUCAGCUUAGGUAACAACAAAAUUUCAUUGGAGAGAUGUCUUCUGGUAGCAUCUAGCGGCAAUGAAGAACAAUCAGGAAUCCCUGGACACACCGGAAACUCAACAUGAGUCUCAAAGUGACCAAAAUAAUAAUGGAACAGAAACUCCUGUCCCUGACUCUGGUUCGGUUUCCAUCUCCAGCAAUGACAACAGAAAAGUUUCCAGGGAGGAUAUUGAACUUGUUCAAAACUUGAUAGAACGCUGUUUGCAGUUGUAUAUGAAUAGGGAUGAGGUGGUAAAAACUCUAUUAAAUCGUGCACGGAUAGAUCCUGGUUUUACUACUCUUGUUUGGCAGAAGUUAGAAGAAGAGAAUGCAGAUUUUUUCAGAGCCUACUACAUAAGGUUAAAAUUGAAAAAGCAGAUCAUCCUUUUCAAUCAUUUACUCGAGCAUCAAUAUCACCUUAUGAAGUACCCAAUGCCUCCAAAGCUACCUGUGGGUCCCAUACACAAUGGGGUACAUCCCAUGCCAGUUAACAACUUACCCAUGGGAUACCCAGUUCUACAGCAACCUCCAAUGGGGACUCCAGGUCAGCCUCAUAUGGAUUCCAUGGGUAUGUCUAGCUGUCAUGUGGUCAAUGGAGUCCCUGCUCCCAGUAACUUUCAUCCCAUACGAAUGAACUCUGGAAACGAGAGUAUGGUAAUGGAUGGCAAUGCAGGUGGAGGUGGUGGUGGUGUAACUCCAAUUCCGGCUAAUGGGGCGAUUUCACCUAUGUCAGAUAUGCCUAUAAGUCCUACGUCAGUGGCAUCCAGUGGUCAUUUUCCCUUCACUGCAUCCGAACUAUCAGGAAUGGGAGUUGACACGUCAGCACUUGACACAGCGUUUACAUCUGACGUGGCAAGUUCUGUUGGAUUGCAUCUACCACAAGAUAAUGGAAAUUCUAGAUCUUUUGGUCAGAUUCCAUGGAAUUUCAGCCUUUCAGAUCUAACAGCAGACUUGUCGAACCUAGGAGAUCUAGGGGCUCUUGGAAACUAUCCUGGUUCACCCUUUCUGCCUUCUGAUUCAGAUAUAUUGCUUGAUUCUCCUGAGCAAGAGGACAUUGUGGAUGAGUUCUUUGUUGAUUCUGUUCCCGGACCACCAUGCUCACAGUCGGAUGAAGAUAAGGCUUAGUUACGUUGUAAUAUUUCUCUCAACUCUCAUAUCAAGAUACUCUAUUUUGGAAGAGGCGACAACAUAAAGUCUCUCUAUUUUGUACCAUGCAAUACUAUGUUAAAUGCUAUUCCUUUCAACUUUAGCAUAAUAUAUAUCACGAAUUCUGAAUCCCAAUAA